UAGGAUGAUACAAUGGAGGACCAUGGGGUGCGGGGAAGGAAGAUCCCAAUACACCCCUCGCACAAAGACCACAUCGUCACACUAUCCUCCAACAAGAAAAUGUCCACUCCCUCCACAGAGACAAGGGGACUAGGGAGUAUUAUUUCAACCUGACACGUGACAGUGAAAUUAUUCAUUAGGAUGUAGAUAUUAUAUCUGCCUUGAGAUAUGUAAAGAGGGGGAUUUGAAGGGUUUUGAGGGCGAAUCACCGCUGCCAGAAUUUGGAAUGUCCGUCUCCCUCUGGAAACAGGUUUGGCUGCGCGUGUAAAUGGAUGACGUCGAGGUAAAACAGUCAAAGAGCGAAGUAUUGACUCUGGGCGUGGGACCUACCUGCCACGCCGGCAGUGCUAGCUAUUUUAGCCGCUCACGACUCACGAGAGAGCUACUGUUGCAAGGACCAGAUAAGCACACCCCCCUUAUUCACAAAUCCCACUCCCUCUCCCCCAUUGGCCUUCCUCCAUCCCGAUUCCCCCGACACCAACGACACCAACGGCGUUCACAUUCGUACCCCAUUCGGCGCACACUAUAUCACCACAGUAUUAAAUUAAUUUGCUGGAUUCUAACACCAUUUGGGGUCCGCGAGGCCUCUGCUUUUUUGGCGGGUAAAAACACCACUCUGUAAUCCGUAUCGACAAAAUAAAUUAGCAAAAACCGCAGCGCUCAGAACCUUAAAAAAAAGAAAAAAAGAAAAAAAAAGAGGUCCUCGCCCCCAUUUUCCCACGCGCACUCUCUUCACUCUCUCUUUCUCAGUGGUGGGAUCGUCUCUAGGGUUAGGGUUCGGUUAACCGCCCCCCUGAGUCGACUAGGGUUUUUCCUGCUUUAUCUUUUUUCCCCUUUUAUCUCUCUAACGCUUUUGGAUCGUCGAGGGGGGGAUCUUCGCGGGCCCGCGCCAUUCAUUGCUCGGAGUUGAUAAUGUGGAGCUUCUUUUAGAUGCUUUGGUACCUCGCAUCGGUGGAGUAGUUGCUCCCCUUAAUGUGCCCACAUUUCCAUCUCGUUGGUAAAUCUCCGAUCCCCUUCCGCGAAGUUGUGAUUUGUUAGCUGUUCUAGAGCUGUGAUCUCUUUGAAGACGAGGUUUUUCUCUUUUGAUCGACCUCAGAUUCCCUAUUUAUUAUCUAGAGAAGGGAUUUUGGCCCUAGAAAGGAGUAAUGUGGUAGGUUCUCACAUGGGGUUAAUGUUUCACUGUAGGUGUGCUAGAUUUUGGGCGGAAAGGACACAACUUGUGGGCUUUCCAUUGAAAGAUGUUUCUUUAAGAAACAGUAGUUUUGAGUUGUUGUUGGAGGGGGAAAUGGGGCUCCUCGUAAGAGUGUUCCUGCUAUCUCUGCUUCUUGUCUCAUCUUUAGCACAGCUUCCAUCACAAGAUAUAUUGGCCCUCCUUGCAUUCAAGAAGGGGAUAACUCACGACCCGACCGGGUUCAUCGCCGAUUCGUGGAAUGAGGAGUCGAUCGACUUCAACGGUUGCCCUUCCUCCUGGAAUGGUAUAGUUUGUAACGGAGCAAAUGUGGCGGGUGUUAUCCUCGACAACCGAGGAAUCUCCGGCAUUGCCGAUCUCUCCGUCUUUGCCAACCUCACGAUGCUCGUGAAGCUCUCCAUGGCCGACAACAACUUCUCAGGGAGCCUUCCGGCCAAUCUGGGUGACCUCAGGAGCUUGAAGUAUUUGGAUGUUUCCAACAAUGGCUUCUCCGGGCAGCUCCCCGAAGGCGUCGGGAAGCUCCAGAGCCUGCAGAACCUUUCGCUGGCUGGGAACGACUUCUCGGGGCCUCUUCCUGAUUCAAUUGGUGGGCUUUCUUCUCUUCAGUCUCUAGAUUUAAGCCGGAACUCUUUCUCGGGCCCGCUUCCUGAUUUCUUGAAGAGUCUUAGAAGCUUGGUUUCUUUAAAUCUCUCGUAUAAUGCCUUUACGAAGGAAAUUCCCUCCGGGCUCGGAAUGAUUUCUACUCUCGAGUAUGUUGACAUGAGCUGGAACCAACUAGAUGGCAGUGUGGAUUGGAAAUUUCUGGUCGAAUCAAGUGUUAUUCAUGUUGACUUCAGUGGGAAUUCACUCACUACGGCAAACCCAAAGGAGCUCAAGGCUUUGGCAGAAAUUUCAGAGACUGUUAAGUAUUUGAAUCUUAGCAACAACCAAUUGAGUGGAACGCUCAUUGACGGAGUGGAGCUUUCCACAUUUGGGAGGUUGAAAGUGCUGGAUUUGAGCAAUAAUCAGUUAUCAGGGGAUCUCCCUGGGUUCAAUUAUGUGUAUGAUCUCGAGGUUUUGCGGCUUGGGAACAAUGCUUUCACUGGUUUUGUACCCAGUGGUCUACUCAAGGACAACACUCUGGUGUUAAGUGAGUUGGAUUUGAGUGCUAAUAAUCUUUCAGGGCAUAUCAAUAUGAUCACAUCGACAACUCUACGAGUCCUUAAUCUUUCAUCAAAUGCCAUUUCUGGAAAUCUUCCAUUGCUUACAGGAAGCUGCACUACUUUAGACCUAUCAAGCAAUCAAUUUGGUGGAAAUUUAUCUGUGAUUGCUAAAUGGGCAAAUGACCUUGAAUACAUUGAUCUUAGCCAGAAUCAGUUGACAGGUUCCUUUCCAGAGGUGACCUCACAGUUCUUACGGCUAAACUAUCUAAACCUCUCGCAUAAUUCCCUAACGAACACCAUUCCAGAAAUUAUUGCCCAAUAUCCCAAACUUACUGUUCUAGACCUCAGUUCCAACCAAUUUAGUGGUCCUAUACUAACUGAUUUGCUUACCUCCUCCACUUUACAAGAGCUUUACCUCCAAAACAAUUUAUUGAUAGGGGCCAUUAUGUUCUCACCGUCAGCAUCAAAUAGAUCCAAUCUUCAGGUGCUUAAUCUUUCUGGGAACCGUUUUAAUGGCAGUUUUCCUGAUGAUUUGGGCUCUUUAACUGGUCUUCAAGUGCUUGAUUUAUCAGCAAAUAACUUUUCAGGUACUUUGUCUCCUGCUGUUACUAAGUUAAUUUCUCUCACAUCUCUAGACAUAUCUCUAAACCACUUUACCGGUCUUCUUCCUACAACACUACCGAACACGCUUACUUUCUUUAAUGCGUCCUAUAACGACCUAUCUGGUAUUGUCCCGGAGAACCUACGGAUGUUUCCAGAUUCUUCUUUCCACCCUGGAAACUCCAGAUUAGAAUUCCCUGGCGGCCCACCUGGUUCUGGUAACACUCCAUCUGAAAAUUUUGGGCACAAGCAACUCAAAACAUCCAUCAAAGUUGCGAUAAUAGCAGGUGGUAUAGUUAUUCUACUAAUUCUAAUCCUUUUGUCCAUUAUAUGCCAUUAUAAGAGGAUUUCAAGGGGAUCUGGCUCAGAAAAGGUGUCAGAUAAAAGUGCUCAGAGAAAGAGCUUGCCGGAAACUGCUGGUGGUAAAGGUGAAGAAGCUGGUGGAGGGGCUUCUGUGGUUUCAGCUGAUGACCUUAGGGCUUCUCGGAAAGGCUCGACAUCUGAGAUGAUUACCCCACUUAAUCCAGAAGAGAAAUUGGCUGCUAUCGGUGGAUAUUCGCCUUCUAAAAACAGCCGAUUUUCAUGGUCACCUGAAUCUGGUGAGACGUACGUUCACGAAAGCCUUGGAAAACUAGAUGUUCGAUCGCCGGAUAAGUUGGCAGGUGAAUUGCACUUCUUGGAUGAAACAAUAACACUAACGCCGGAGGAACUAUCACGGGCCCCAGCUGAAGUGUUGGGCAGGAGCAGUCAUGGAACUUCUUACAGGGCGACGCUUGAUAAUGGGGUUUUCUUGACAGUCAAAUGGCUUAGAGAAGGCGUAGCGAAACCAAAGAAGGAAUUCUCAAAAGAGGCUAGGAAGUUUGCGAAUAUUAGGCACCCUAAUGUCGUCGGGUUGAGGGGGUAUUAUUGGGGCCCUACACAGCAUGAGAAACUCAUCUUAUCAGAUUAUGUUUCGCCAGGGAGUCUUGCCAGUUUUCUUUAUGACCGACCUGGAAGGAGAGGCCCGUCGCUAACCUGGGCCCAGCGGCUCAAGAUAGCUGUGGAUGUUGCACGUGGCCUAAACUAUCUCCAUUUCGACCGUGCCAUCCCACACGGGAAUCUCAAAGCAACUAAUAUCCUACUCGACGGCCUUGAUCUCAAUGCCCGUGUGGCGGACUACUGCCUCCACCGCCUGAUGACCCAAUCCGGCACAGUCGAACAAAUCCUCGAUUCUGGUGUCCUCGGAUACCGCGCACCUGAGCUCGCGGCUUCCAAAAAGCCCUCCCCUUCGUUCAAGUCGGAUGUUUAUGCCUUUGGUGUGAUUCUUUUGGAGCUUCUGACCGGUAAAUGUGCAGGUGAUGUAAUUUCUGGAGAGGAGGGUGGUAUUGAUCUGACUGAUUGGGUUCGACUAAGGGUGGCGGAAGGGCGCGGGUCGGAUUGUUUCGAUCCAGUCAUGGCUUCUGAUUUAGCUAACUCAGCCGCAUCUAAGGGAAUGAAGGAAGUGCUGGGUAUCGCGUUGCGAUGUAUCAGACCCAUUUCAGAGCGGCCAGGUAUCAAGUCUGUGUAUGAGGAUCUGUCAUCUAUUUGAGGAUGGGAGCGCUAGCAGUGUUCGUAGUGUAAAACAUCGUUUUGUGAAAAUGCAACUGUUGGCAUCCCCUUGAUGCCGGCAAUUGAAAUCGCCUUCGGUGGUGGCUGCAUCGUAAAUUGUUUGCUAGUUUUAGGCUUCCAGUUUAAUGUAUUUUUUUUAGUAGGCAAGAUCUACUAAUUUAAGAGUACCUUUCUUGUCAACUUUAUGGUUUUUGAGGUUGUGAAUAGCAAUCCAACCGAAUUAGGAUAAAUUGCUUUCUCUGUUGUUUCA